AUGUCUGUCGAACUAAGUCCAGCCAAUCAAUUGGGAUUCCCUCGUCCCCUGACAUCCCUUGUCAAACGAUCUUUACUCAUCCACAAUCCCAACCCUCACCCUGUAGCAUUCAAAGUGAAGACUACAGCUCCUAAGCAAUAUUGCGUUAGACCAAAUUCAGGAAGAGUAGAAUCUGGUGAGAGUGUAGAGGUACAAGUGCUUCUCCAACCACUUCAACAAGAACCUCCUCCUCACGCAAAAUGCAAGGAUAAGUUCCUGGUACAAUCAGCAUAUAUCACCCCCGAUGAGGAGAUGCACACUCUUGGAGAAAUGUGGUCGCAAGUCGAAAAAACCAACAAAUCAGCUAUUCACGAACAAAAGAUCAAAGUGGUAUAUCUCGCUGCUGAAGAUGGAUCGACCGGUCAAAAUGGUAUUCCAGAAGAGGACGAUCACGUAGGAGAAGCAAGUAGACUGGAAGAAUCUCACAAUCUCCCUCACGAUGGAUUAACUCGCUGGACCACUAAACCCGAUAAGGAAUACGAUCCAGAGUUAUUUCGUAAUGCUGGGUUCUCGUAUUGGGAGACACCCAAAUCACCUUAUGUUCCUCCUCCUUUCCCUGCAAUCUUCUCUCACGCGCAGUCCUCACCUUCCCAACCUCUUCCUCCAGCACAUGACAAGCCUAUACCAGUUCCCGUCCAAGUCUCUCCACCUUCCACCGCCGUCGCACCCGCACCUCAAAGUCCACCUCUUGCGGACCUCACACCGGCCCAGGCGGGAGCGACCAACAUCGCUUUGGAGAAAUCUUUGAACGCCACAACGUCCGAUUCCGAGAAAUUGUCAAUUGCUUUGAAAGAGAUUGAAAAACUUAAAUCUGAAUUGGAAGAAGCCAAGAACGGACCUCAAGUAACUGGAUUAAGAAAGAGAAAUACUGGUGCUACCAGUGGAGCUGAAACCGUAAUUGAAAAAGCUAAAGAGGCGGUAACGACAUCGGGUGGUCAACAGGGUGUACCACUUGAAGUGGUUGCUGGAUUGGUGGUUGGUGUGUUCGUCUUGACUUAUUUGUUCUUCUAG